AUGGGCGACUUUGACUUGUCGAAAGACUUCAUUCCCGCUCUUCACAAGCCCUCCUCUCUACUACCGAUUGCUCGCCAUCGUAAAAGUCUCCUCUACCUGAUUGAAACAUUUCCUGUUGUCAUAGUCGUUGGCCAGACUGGCAGCGGCAAAACAACUCAGAUCCCUCAGUUCCUUCACCAGGCAGGAUGGUGUGGAGAUGGCAAAAUGAUUGCACCCCGUAGGGUUGCUGCAACUACAGUCGCUGCAAGAGUCGCUGAAGAAAUGCGAUGCAAUCUUGGUCAGGAGGUCGGUUAUUCGAUCAGAUUUGAGGACGUGACCUCAGCAGCCACAAAGAUCAAAUUCUUAACAGACGGCCUACUACUGAGAGAAGCGCUCGUGGACCCAUUGCUAUCACGCUAUUCAGUCAUUAUGGUAGAUGAAGCUCAUGAGCGCUCUCUCAGCUCAGACAUUCUACUAGGAGUCUUGAAAAAGAUCAGGAAACGAAGACCCGAUCUGAGGAUAGUUGUCAGCAGCGCGACUCUCCAGGCCGAGGACUUCUUGGACUUCUUCGUUCGAGACGAGAAUGAAACGGAGGUCUCCACGAAUACUAAUGAUGAACCUGGUCGGGAUAUAGGUCGGAUCGUCAACCUUGAAGGCAGGAUGUUCCCGGUCGACAUACAUUACCUGACAACACCUGCUGAAGAUUACGUUGAACGCGCCGUUCAGGCUGUCUUUGACAUACACACCCAAGAAGGCGAAGGUGACGUAUUGAUCUUCCUUACUGGACGUGAGGAGAUUGAUACAUGCAUGUCAUUGAUCGCUGAUCGUCUACCAUCGUUGAAGCCAGGUUCACAAACCCUUCAACCACUACCACUAUAUGCUGGUCUCUCCACGGAACAACAGAUGUAUGUCUUCGAGCCUGCGGCUGUGGAGACCCGUAAAGUCAUCGUGGCUACAAACAUUGCAGAGGCUUCAGUGACUAUUCCCGGCAUUGUCUUUGUCAUCGACUCUGGCUUCGUCAAAUUGCGCGCCUUCAAUCCAAGUACAGGAAUUGAGACUUUGACGGCCACCGCGGUAUCAAAAGCUGCAGCAACGCAAAGAGCUGGUCGAGCUGGCCGAACCAAGUCUGGAAAGUGCUAUCGUCUGUACACGGAAGCUGCGUACAACUCACUCGAAGAUGCAUCCGUUCCUGAAAUACAGAGAAGUAAUCUCGCGCCUGUCAUACUACAGCUCAAAUGUCUCGGCAUCGACAACAUCGUUCGCUUCGACUAUCUCACGCCGCCGCCUUCGGAACUAGUCAUCAGAGCACUGGAGUUACUAUAUUCUCUGGGAGCUCUGGAUGAUUAUGCAAGAUUAACAAAGCCUCUGGGCAUUCGAAUGGCAGAACUGGCCGUAGAACCCAUGAUGGCAAAAGUACUGCUUUCAGCGCCAGAUUUUGGAUGUCUCAGUGAGGUGCUGUCGAUUGCUGCCAUGACAACUCUGCAAGGAGCAGUCUGGUUCCAACACGAUGGCGAGAAGAAAGCCAUGGAGUCGUCGAGAUGGAAGUUUGCUGUCGCAGAGGGCGAUCACUUGACAUUACUCAAUGUGUAUCAAGCUUUUGUAACCAAAGGCAAAAAAGACGCUUCAUGGUGCCGCAACCAUCAUCUCAACUUCAAGAGCAUGACCAAAGCCGUCAGUGUCAGAAACCAACUCAAACGAUACAUGGAGCGAUUCGGCGUUAAUGUGGACGAGUCGCUGAGCUCGAAAUCGGUCUUGACUGUCGGAGGACCUGACAAAGCUGAACAGAUUCGACGAUGUCUGACAGCUGGUUAUUUUGUGCAUGCGGCCAGAAUGCAGGCGGAUGGAACAUUCCAGACUGUGGAUGGCAGUAUGACAUUACACGCACACCCCAGCUCUUUGAUGUUUAAUCGCAAGGCGGACUGGGUCAUCUUCCACGAAGUCAUGCAGACAGGAGACAAGACGUUUAUCAGAGACAUCACAAAGAUAGAAAAGGGAUGGCUGACAGAGUAUGCACCUGCAUACUACCAGAUACGCAAGUAA